GCACCUUCAACACCCAACUCACAUUCGAAAAAACACACACACACAUCUCAAUCAUCAUAUUCUUCAAUAAUGGUCAAGCUCAGCAUCCUAGUAGCCCUCCUGGGCGCCCUUCUUGUCGUAGCCUCCGCGACAAGAUGGGAUCCCGAUCGAGGGUCCAGAGGGUUGAGAUGGGACGCACCGAGCAGAGGGGAUGACCAGUGCCAGAGGCAGUUGCAGAGGGCAAACCUGAGGCCCUGUGAGGAACACAUAAGGCAAAGGGUGGAGCAAGAGCAAGAGCAAGAGCAAGACGAGUACCCGUACAGCCAACGGGGAUCCAGAGGACGACGACCCGGCGAAUCUGACGAAGAUCAAGAGCAAAGGUGCUGCAACGAGCUCAACCGGUUCCAGAAUAACCAAAGGUGCAUGUGCCAGGCACUUCAACAGAUCCUCCAGAACCAGAGCUAGGUUCCAGCAGGACAGGAGCCAGUUGCAUCAGAUGGAGAGGGAGCUCAGGAACUUGCCCCAGAACUGCGGGUUCAGGUCACCAAGCCGUUGCGACCUUAGUAGCCGCACGCCCUACUAAACAGACUAGCACUUUGCGUUUUAAUUUGCUUACCCAACAAGAGAAAUAACAAUGAUAAUAAUAAAUAGCUUUUUUACAAGCUAUUUCUAUGUCUAUGGUGUUUUGGUAGCAAUAAAGAUCAUCACCAUUUUAUGUAGUGGUGAUCGUAUUGUCUGUGGCGAAGUUAUAUGGGGCACUUUAAAAUGUGCUUUUAUGGCAUUGCCUGUGCUUUUGAUAAUGUAAAAGAGUUGUAAACAUGUGGAUGGAAUAAUAAUCUUGUUUCUUUUGCAA